AUGGAGGCCGGAAGAGGGGACUUAGAGAAACUAGUCAGGUGGAUGAAGACCUACACCUAUAGGCAAAUCGCGUCGUUGAGCGAUACGAUCAGCUCCCGUAACCAAGGUAUAUUUGCUAAUCUGUUGGGUAAACGUUCGGCUUUUGAUGAUUCAGACGAGGAGGAGCAGUAUCCCGAGGAGGGGCCGCAAGGAACUCCCCAACCGGAAAUGGGACAAGCGCCCUCCGGUCAGAUGACGAGGGUGCGUGCAAAGAGUUCAAGGAAGAGGAACCCCUCAGGCCAAACCUCGGGCCAUCAGAAAAGAAAGCGAGGCGAUCCUGAGGUGGUGGAGGUCAAUCCUCUGUCUUUCAGUCUGCCCGCGAUUCACGAGCUAUCCUCCAUCGACGAACUUUUGAAGGAGGGGUACGAGGAUCACGGGCGAGGGACGGGCCAGUUCGAGGGCGUACCCAAGGGUCACGCUCUACUCACGUUCGACCCUCCACGGGUCGAAUGUGCGGGCUUGCCCGCCGCUGGAGUGCCGUGA